GAGAGAGAGAGAGAGAGAGAGAGAGAGCGGAAACUAACGGAAAGAGAGGUUUCAUUGUAUGGAAAAACAAUAAAACAACAAAAUAUAAGCAGUAGGCUGUGUUGACUUGCACUAACAAAAACAAUAAUAACAAUAAGAAUAACAAACGGUAAUACGUGACAAACAGUGGAAAAAUUGAAGAGAGCCCGGGAGCAAAAUGAAGGGCUUUUCUUUGGGAAGUGACGCUGCCUCUGGUGCCUAUUAAUGAGGGACUCAGAUUCCCUCCCCUCCGGUGGUGAUGCAGUGAAGCUGCUUUGCGCACAAGCACACUCUCUGUAUAAAACCGGUCCUCUUCCACACUCGGAUUACACUACACGCGGGAAGUCACUGCGGCUUCUUUUUUUUUUUUUUUUUUCCCCUCCAACCAAACCAAAAUCAUAAAAAUCUAAAAUCCAACAUGCAAGCUCCAGAGGAUGUGAGCUUUUGGAAAUUUUUUCUAUUUUCAUGCCUCUUUUUGCAGAGUUCGUGUCAAGACUUUGGAGGACAGACGCAAUUUAUUUGCACCUCGGUCCCAAAGGAUAUGGACAUAUGCGCAGCCACUUUGCAGAAUAGCAUCUCUGGUGAUGAUUUGAAGAGCACUGUGGUACAGUUAAGGGAGACGGUCCUGCAGCAGAAAGAGACCAUCAUGAACCAGAAAGAGACGAUAAGAGAACUGACCUCAAAGUUGGCGCGAUGCGAGAGCCAGAGCGGCACCGAGGUAGGGGAAGGGCGGCCCGGGGGUAGAAGGAAAGAAGCUGGGACCAAAAACACCAUGGGGGAUGUAUCCAGGGGCCCCGCAGACACUCUGGCGCAACUCUCGCAGACUUUACAGUCGCUCAAGCAGAGACUUGAGAACCUUGAGCAAUUCAGUCGAAGUAACAACUCGGUGCAGGCCAACAGCCUCAAAGACCUGCUCCAAAGUAAAAUUGACGAUUUGGAGAAGCAGGUGUUGUCCCGAGUGAACAGCAUCGAAGAGGGGAAGCCCGGACUCCGGAAUGAGACUGAGCAGCGUGGGAGAGUGGAGUCCACGCUCACGUCUCUGCACCAGAGGAUCACAGACCUGGAGAAAGGUCAGCGAGAAAACAGGCCUCUGGAUAAAUUCCAGCUUACAUUUCCACUGAGAACCAAUUACAUGUAUGCAAAGGUGAAGAAGAGUUUGCCCGAGAUGUACGCCCUCACUGUUUGCAUGUGGCUCAAGUCCAACGCAUCCCCAGGAGUGGGCACACCUUUUUCCUACGCCGUUCCCGGCCAGGCUAAUGAGCUGGUGCUCAUCGAAUGGGGAAAUAACCCAAUGGAGAUACUGAUCAAUGAUAAGGUUGCAAAACUGCCUUUCCUGAUCAAUGAUGGCAAAUGGCACCACAUCUGCGUGACUUGGACCACUCGGGAUGGUGUGUGGGAAGCUUUCCAAGAUGGCGUCAAGAGGGGGAGUGGUGAGAACCUUGCCCCAUACCAUCCGAUAAAACCACAGGGCCUGCUGAUCCUCGGUCAAGAGCAGGACACGUACGGAGGGGGCUUUGACGCAACGCAAGCUUUCGUUGGAGAUUUAGCCAACUUUCACAUCUGGGAUCGGAAACUAUCCGUGGGAGAAAUCUAUAAUCUGGCAACUUGCAGCAGCAAAGCACAGGUGGGCAAUGUUUUUGCAUGGCUGGAAACAAGCCUUGAAAUUUACGGAGGUGCGUCGAAGUGGACAUUUGAAGCUUGCCGCCACCUCAAUUGAGAGAAGAUCAGUGCAUUUAUUGAACCUGCG